AGGCCUUAGGUGGAGCAUCACUUUUGUUAGAAGGCAGAAAUGAACGGAAUAAGUCCUGGGUAUAAGAUUCCCUCCUCCUCUUUCUAUUUAAUCUCACCUUCGCACCUUCUCACUCCGAGGACGAGCAGUCGCAGACCCUUUCGCAAUUUUCUCUCUAUUAAAAGAUUGUCAACGCUUUUAGCCAUGGGCAGUUCUAAAGAUGGUCCAGUGAAGGACAUGCCUCUUGGGGUAGAUGCAACAACUGAGGAAGAAUAUGCAUCACAGUCUAGGUUACUUCAAGACUUCACUAGUAUUUCCAGCAUUGACAAGGCAUGGAUUUUUAAAUCUGAUAGCGGAAUUGGGUCUCAGGCAAUGUUUUCAAUUAGUCAACCGAAUCUUUUGGCAAACAAGAGGAAGAAAUUCAUUCUAUCCUCUCAUAUUUCAAGAGAAAGUAACAAUUCUGUAAACUUCCAAUGGUCCCCGUUCCCGGUUGAGAUGACAGGAGUAUCUGUAUUUGUUCCAUCCCCGUCCGGUGCAAAGCUUUUUGUGGUUCGGAAUCCUGAGAACGAAUCUCCCUGCCAAUUUGAAAUUUGGGGCCAAGGUCAAUUGGAGAAAGAAUUCCACAUUCCCCAAUCUGUUCAUGGUUCAGUUUAUGCUGAUGGAUGGUUUCAGGGAAUUUCUUGGAACGCUGAUGAAACUCUCAUUGCUUAUGUUGCUGAGGAACCAGCUCCCUCCAAGCCCACAUUUACAGGUCAGGGAUACAAGAAAAGUAGUUCCACGGAUAAGGACUUUGGUAACUGGAAAGGUCAAGGGGAUUGGAAGGAAGAAUGGGGGGAAACCUAUGCUGGAAAAAGGCAGCCUGCACUUUUUGUCAUCAAUAUUAACAGCGGAGAGGCACAAGCUGUCAAAGGAAUUGAAAAGUCUUUGAGUGUUGGUCAAGUUGUAUGGGCGCCACCAGUUAAAGGCUCGCAUCAAUCGUUGGUUUUUGUUGGGUGGUCAGAAGGUAUCAGAAAGCUUGGUAUCAAGUACUGCUUUAACAGGCCCUGUGCAUUGUAUGUGGUCAAGGCACCAAAUUUUGAAUCAGAAGCAAAUGGAUCUGAACUCAAAGCUAGUUCAACUGAAGAUCUUCCUGCUGUAAAGCUGACUCAAAGCAUAAGUAGUGCUUUCUAUCCACGGUUCUGCCCAGAUGGAAAAUUCCUUUUGUUUUUAUCGGCUAGAAGUUCUGUGGAUUCCGGGGCACAUUCUGCAACAGAUUCUCUUCACAGAAUAGACUGGCCAGUGGAUGGAGUGCUAUCCUCAUCUGCAAAAAUUGUUGAUGUGAUUCCUGUUGUUAUGUGUGCUGAGGAUGGUUGCUUCCCUGGGCUUUACUGGUCAAGUAUCCUUAGUAAUCCAUGGCUUUCUGAUGGAUGCACAAUGAUCAUAUCUUCUAUCUGGGGUAGCUGUCAAGUGAUACUUUCUGUGAAUGUUUUGAGCGGGGAAGUAUCACGUAUCAGCUCUGCUGAUUCAAAUUCAUGGGAUGUUCUUACACUGGAUGGGGACAAUAUCAUUGCUGUGUCUAGCAGUCCAGUAGAUGUACCUCAUAUCAAUUAUGGUUACCUUGUUGAUAAAGAAAGUACAAGUACCGCAUGGAGUUGGUUAAAUGUAUCAAGCCCCCCAAGUGAAUGCUCUGAGAAGGUUAAAUCUUUGCUCUCCUCUCUGCAAUUCAGUAUACUGAAGGUUCCUGUCAGGGAUGUUUCUGGUAGCGUAACAAAAGGUGCUGCCAAACCAAUUGAAGCCAUAUUUGUGUCUUCCAAAACUAAAAGAAAUGAUUCAUUUGACCCAUUAAUUGUAAUCCUCCACGGAGGCCCGCACUCUGUUUCAUUGUCAAGCUAUUCAAAGUCCUUAGCAUUUCUCUCUUCAAUUGGGUUCAGUUUGUUACUUGUAAAUUAUAGAGGUUCGCUGGGUUUUGGUGAAGAAGCACUUCAGUCCCUUCUAGGGAAAAUAGGGUCCCAGGACGUGGAUGAUGUGCUGGUGGCUAUCGAUCACGUCAUUGACAAGGGGCUUGCCAGUGCAUCAAAAAUUGCAGUUCUUGGUGGUUCUCACGGCGGCUUUCUGACUACUCACUUGAUUGGCCAGGCACCAGAUAAGUUUGUUGUGGCAGCAGUGAGGAACCCCGCCUGUAAUCUCGCAUUAAUGAUCGGUACGACAGACAUCCCAGAUUGGUGCUAUGUGGAGGCCUAUGGAAGUGAGGGUAGAAAUAACUACACAGAAGCACCUUCUGCUGAGCAUCUGACUCUCUUGCACAGCAAAUCUCCUAUUUCACACGUCUCAAAGGUCAAAACACCCACCCUCUUUCUUUUGGGUGCUCAGGAUCUUCGUGUUCCAAUUUCUACUGGACUUCAAUAUGCUCGGGCGCUUAAGGAAAAAGGAGUUCCUGUCAAAGUCAUUGUGUUUCCACAGGAUACUCAUGGAAUUGAGAGGCCACAAUCGGACUUUGAGAGCUUUCUUAACAUUGGUGUCUGGUUCAAGAAGUAUUUACCGUAAAUGAGCAGGCAUUUCUUCCCUGCUUUUACCCCCAUAGUUCGACUUCGAGAGCUUUCGUAAGAUGGUUGCUUUUAUGGCACGGUACAAAUAAAUCUACAAUUUACAGUCAAGUAGGUUGAAUCCACCUUGAAUCUGGAUGAAAAACUAUUGAAUCCGGCUUGCGUUUGCUCAGCAUAUGUAAUCUGGAUGAAAAAUUAUUGUACUUGAAAAUUUAUGAUUAUUGAAAUCAAUAAUGCAACUUCAACUGAACUAUUACGUAUUA